UCACUGAUAGAAAAUCGGGUUGCCGAUCGGCACAAGCCUAGCAGUUAACGGUUAGUUACUGGCAGACUUCCACGUUAUAUGACGCAGAAACGUCACGUUACUAUGACAACAGAGUUAGUUGACGCCCCAAAUGCUUCCCGUGGCGUCUGUUUCAGAAGUUGUGAUAGUUCUAUGUAAGUCUGUGGGGUUACGCAACUCGUCGAAAACUGACGAGAAACGGGUGUCUAAUAGGCUAAGUCGGCAUGUGAUCCUGGACAUUCGCCAGGCUGUUGACGCAUUGGAAGUGAGAACUGUGUUCCAGGAAGUGUGGGUGUUGUUUUCCUGGGUGGGGUUUCCUUAGAGCUGCAAUAAAAACAUCCUGCAGGGAUCUUUUCCAGUUUUCCCUCUCAGACUCGGGUUACUCGUUAGGAUAAAAGCAGCGAGGAAGCAGAGCGGCUUCAUUUUAACUCAUCAUGUCUGCAUCGGUGGCGUCUUCCUCGCUGGCCGGCGUGACGGUCAUCACCCAGGUUUACCCUGCAGCCCCGGGGGCUCAGGGGUGCCCACCGCUGGGCCCCCAGGGCGCCACACAGAGACGGUUGCUGGCACUGGGGACGGUGCAGAUCAUAAUCGGCCUGCUGGUCUUCCUCUUCGGGAUCGGGAUGGCGAUCCUCCCAAACUCGAUCGCCGUGUUCAGCGGCAUCUUUGUGUGGGGAGCCGUGUUCUACAUCCUGGCCGGCUCUCUGACGGUGGCUGCCACCAGGUCCAUGGACCGCUGCAAGAUGAACGCGGCCCUGACCCUCAGCAUCAUCGCUACCAUCCCCUCUGGUGUCGCCAUCAUCCUCCACUUUAUUGACGCCAGUGGGCUUGGCAUGAUCGGUUACUAUGGAUACUAUGACUGUUAUUGGUGGCAGAGUCACGCACAGGCCAUGUCAGCCAUGUUGGGUAUUUUCUCCCUGCUGGAGUUCAUCGUGGCCAUCACUGUCGCUGCGGAAAUCUGUAAAGCUAAAAGUCACUCCAACACCCAGUCGGCGUUGAUUGUGAACAACUUACCUUCAGGCCUCCCAGCAAACAUGCAGGCUCCGCCCACUUCUGCCGUCAUCUACCAGACCACGGAGCUUCCUAAAGAACCAGAGAACCGAGGAGCUGCUGAUAUGGGCGAGCCUCCAGCAUACACCACCACUGUCGGCUGACCUGCCGUUGGUUAAAGAACUUUGCUGAUCAGAAACACGGAUGAUUUCACAGCUUCAGGACACAGCUGCAUUCAGAAAUAAUGGAUUACAGACUGCAUUGACCAAUCAGAAUCAAGUAUUCAACAUACUCCUGUAAGAAAUAAACAGUGUUAACUACAGCGUGUGUCUUGAUGUUUCAGUGUGGAGUGGAAAAUUGUGAUUCCAGCUGUUAGCUGUGCAUUAAAGACAACACCCAGAAUGUAAGUCCACCUAUUCAAAUAAGCGGUGUGGUGUAUUAAAGGUGCAUCCCGGUGAUUUUGAA